AUGGCCACCUGGGACGGCUCCUACCCAGGCGAUGCUCAGGACGACCGUAAAUCGUACGACUAUUCAAACUCACAAAACCGAGUGACAGAUGACCGUUCUUGGAACCAGGACAACAAUCAAUCAGCUCCAGCUGCUAAUUACGUUGACAAUAAUCAACCAAGUGCAACUUAUCCCUCGUCAUCUACAGAAUUAAAUACUUCUGGGAGUUCAACUUGUUACUUUGAAAAUAAUCGACAGUUCCAAGCAUCAUCAAGUAAAACCGAUUCUAAUUCCUUGGUUAAAAAAUCUAACUUACACCCAGGAGCUAGUGAGUUUAUUCCAUCUGGCAUUAAUAAUCACCCGACUGAGUUAUCAAAGGCAUUUUUUUCCGACAACAGAAACAAAAAUUACAGCCGUAAGUACGACAAAAAAAAUAAUGCUAACUACCGUCAAGACGGAGAUUAUUAUCAGAGAAAUUCUUUUAAAGCUUAUGACAAAUCUAGGAAGAAUAACUUUACUAAUAGUAAUACAAAUAAUAGCAACAAUAAUCCAUUUUAUAAUUAUAGUAAUGAUUAUGAACCUCAUAAAGAUUAUUUUGACGUCAGCUUUGAUAAUAAAUCAAGUAAUAGCAAGGACAAGUACAAUAAUAAUAAUAACAGAAGACCAAGAAGCCACGGAAGAUAUAAUAAUAAUAAUAAUGAUCGAUAUUCUUCAGCAAAUCGUCAGUCUAAUUUAAAUUCUAAUGAUUAUCAAAGUACUAGUAAUAAUUUAGAAAACAGGCCUAGAAAUUUAAAUCAAAAUAGUUAUAAUUAUAAUGAUAAUAGCAAAGAUUCUGGUGAUGUUUCUCAGAGUGAAAGACAUCCAAAAGGAAAGCAAACUCUGAGCAGAGAUCCUCGUGAUGAAAGAUACCGUGGAUUUGCUGGUGAUAGCUCGGAUGAUAGACAGAUGUUGAAAAAAGACAAGCGACGGGGUAAAAAUAAUAAAGAUUUUUAUAAUGAUCCACGAGAGGAGAGAUAUAGAAACUCUAGCAGACGCAAGGGAGAUUAUUCUGAUUAUUAUGAAGAAAAAGGUUACAGAGAAAAAAAUCACCGUGAUAAUAAAUCGGAAGUUAGGCAGUUUAGGGAAGAAAAUGUUGGUAAGGAUGAUUUUGUUCAAGAAGAUAAAUUAAAUAAUUGGCGGCUGAAGAAUAGUCCAAUUAAGAAGAAUAUCAGCAAGAAAAAAAUGGAGUUAGAUGACGCUGCGACGCAGAAGGAAUGUCUUACUGAGCAGCUAAACAGAGGACACCUUGAGUGUCUGGUCUGCUGUGAAAAUAUCAGACAGAAUGACGCAGUCUGGUCUUGCAGUAACUGCUACCACGUUUUGCACUUGAAGUGUCUGAAGAAAUGGGCAGAGUCAUCUCAGAGUGAGAGCGGUUGGCGAUGUCCGGCUUGUCAGAAUAUAAACUUGGUGAUUCCUGAAGACUAUUACUGCUUUUGUGGCAAGUCUAGAGAUCCUGAGUGGAACAGGCAAGACGUUGCUCAUUCCUGCGGCGAAGUUUGUGGCCGUACUCAAGCUAAGAACAACUGUCUUCACAAAUGUACGCUACUUUGUCAUCCAGGGUCGUGUCCUUUGUGCCUGGUGAUGGUGAACCGCUCCUGCGGUUGUGGGAAGACAUCACAAAGUUGCAAAUGUAGCACAGACUCUCAAUUGUCCUGUUCAGCCACUUGUGAUAAGUUGCUGAACUGCGAGAAGCACAAGUGCGAGAAGACUUGUCAUCAUGGUAAUUGCGAGGCUUGUGAUGAGAAAGUAGAGCAGAAUUGUCACUGCGGGAAGAAAAGCCGAUUUGUUGAAUGUUUAAAAAACACAGAGCCUUUUUAUUCUUGUGGAGAAGCUUGCAAUAAUUUAUUGGACUGCGGUAAUCAUAAUUGCAGUGAUAUUUGUCAUCCUGGACCAUGUGGCUCUUGUUCGCUUAAUACUGAGCUAGUAACUCACUGCUGUUGCGGGCAAACUCCGCUGACAAUAAAACGCGCAAAUUGUCUGGAUCCAAUUCCUACUUGUGAUAAAAUUUGCUCGAAAAAAUUAAAAUGCGGGCAGCCAAGCUCUCCUCAUUCCUGCAAGGCGCUUUGUCAUGUUGGAGAUUGUCCUCCGUGUGAUUUAACAACCUGGGUCAAAUGUCGGUGUGGUAAUAUGGACCGGGAGAUUCCUUGCUGCGAUUUGACGACAAAAGCCGAUGAUGCAAGGUGUGAAAAAAAAUGCCCUAAAAAACGCUCCUGCGGGAAGCAUAAAUGCAAUCAACUUUGCUGCAUUGAGAUUGAGCACAUUUGUCCACUGCCGUGUUCAAAAACUCUGAGCUGUGGUAAGCACAAGUGCGAGUUGACUUGUCACAAAGGCAGGUGUCAUCCUUGCUACCUGAGUAGCUUUGAUGAAUUGUACUGCGAGUGUGGAGCUGCUGUAAUUUUUCCACCUGUCCCUUGUGGUACUAGAAGACCCACGUGUUCUCAGCCGUGCUCACGCCAGCACUCUUGUGGUCAUCAGGUACUUCAUAAUUGUCACAGCGAAGCUUCUUGUCCUCCUUGCACGGUGCUGACUCAAAAGUGGUGCUACGGAAAGCAUGAAUUAAGGAAAGCUGUACCUUGUUACUUCAAUGGGAUAUCUUGUGGAAUGCCUUGUAAUAAGCCGGUGAGGUGUGGCAGGCACAAGUGCAUCACCCUGUGUCAUCCUGGGGCUUGUGAGAAGCCCAAGCAAGUUUGUGUCCAGCCUUGUACGGUUCCUAGGGAAAUUUGUGGCCACAAUUGCGCUGCUCCGUGUCAUGAUGGCAAGUGUCCUGAUACUCCUUGUAAAGAGAUGGUCAAGGUAACUUGUACUUGUGGGAAUAGAUCUAUGACUAGGGCUUGUGCGGAGAAUUCGAGGGAGUAUCAGAGAAUUGCAAGUGGGAUUCUUGCUAGUAAAAUGAUUGACAUGCAGCUGGGACACUCGGUUGAUUUGGAGGAAGUUUUUGGUCAGGGCGCGAGGAAGCAGAAUCAACUGAGGACUCUUGAGUGUAAUGAGGAGUGCAGGACUAUUGAGAGGAACAGGAAACUUGCUCUUGGGUUACAGAUUGUUAAUCCUGAUCUCAGAGGCAAGCUCAUGCCACGCUACAGUGAAUAUAUGAAGCAAUGCGCUAAGAAGGAUCCGCCUUUAUGUAAGAUGGUUCAUGAUAAGUUGACGGAGUUGGUACAGCUUGCUAAAAUUUCUAAGCAGAAAUCGAGGAGCUAUUCUUUUGAUAGUAUGAAUAGGUGUAAGAGACAGUUUGUUCAUGAGUAUUGUGAACAUUUUGGGGAAAAUGGUCAACGUAAAGUGCCAAGACCAUUGUUAAAUUCUGUUAAAACUGCUACACCAGGAUCAUCAGAAGUUUUACCAUCAACUGCCAGCAAAUCUCAAAAAUUACCAACUCCCACUUGGAGUACUUCUAAAUCAACAGAACUAGAAAUAGACUAUUUUGACUAUCCAAAUCCUAAAUGGAAGUAA